AUCUGUCUUAAUGGGUGCAGAAUAAUCUGUGGCACAAGGGAUUGUUUAAUCAAAGAACUAUACAAUAUUGGGUUAUAAGGAAAAUGAAAUAUAUGGAUCAUUCAAAUUAAUUGAAUACCAAACAAAAUAAUAUGCAAUGGUUUCUAAGACUUGUUAGAGUCAUGAGGAGUAUACAAAUUUAUGUAAAAUACUCAACUAAACUAAAUCACUGAAUGAAAUUGAAAAUUUAGUAAAGUUAGUAGAAGUUGAUACUUAAGAAGAAACGAAUUUAUGUAGUACAUUUUAUAAAGUCACUGCAUUAUAUGAAUAUUAUGAUAUUAGUCUUCGAUAGAUCAGUAAAUAAGCAUCAAUAAAUUGUUUAUUUGUAUUAAAGAGUUUGGCAGAAAUACUGAGAUAAUUAUAUGGACACAACAUAAUUCAUGGAAAUUUAACUCCAGAUUAUGUUUUGAUUGAAAAGAUAAAAGGAGAGGUAAAAUUGAAUAAUUGUACAUAAUUAACAGGAUACAAUCAUUAUAAAAGAAUUUUAUCAGGUGAUAGUUUAUGGUAUUUAUCUCCAGAAUUACUUGGUGCAUUAGGUAAGAAGGAUCUACGACCAGAAUUUAAUAAUGAAAAGAGUGAGGUUUAUUAAUUAGGAUUAAUGGCUUUAGAAUUCUGGGGAAGUUGUAAUAUUUAAGAGAUAUAUGAUAAAUAGAAUUAUACAAUAAAUGAAAGUAAAGAAUUAAAUAUAUAAUAGAUGUAAUAUAAUAAUCAGUAGAUGAAUUUGGAGUGAGAAAUGGAUAUGUAUUGAAGAAUGUUAUUAAAUAAAUGUUAUAAGUAGAUCCAAAUUAAAGACCAACUAUGAGUGAAUUAAGUUAAUCAUUUACUUAAUUAUUUCAGAUUUAAUAAUAAGUAGAAGAACCUAAAGUUGAAUAAUAUGAAGAGUAGGUAAAUUAAUAUGAAUAAACAACGAAUUUAAAAGAAGUUAAUAGAAAUUUUGAAGUUCAUGAUGAAGUUUUAUAAGUUUAUAAGGAAUCAUUUUAAUAUUAAGAAAGUGAUAAAAAUUAAGUUGAUAAUUCACCAUAGAAAUAAUUUGAAGAAUCUCCUAAGAAAAUAGAAAAACAGUAUGUUGAUGUGAAUUCUCAAUCUGUAAAAUAAUCAGUAAAUUAAUCAAUCAAAGAAUAUUAUGUAUAAGGAUCAAUUGCUGCUUAAUUUGGACAAUUGAAUUUACUUGAAAGUAAUGAAAAUGGAGACGUAUUAUAAGAAAAAUCAUAAAAUCAACCUACUUCUCCUAAAGGAUAGGAUUCAACUAAACCUAAGAAAAGUGUAAAGGUGAAUACAGUAUCAGCUAAUAAGAAAGGAAUUUCAAUAAAGAGACCUAAACAUGAAAUAAUGGAUACAAGGUUACCAAAAUAAGCUGUGGUUGUUAGUAAAAAAAGAUGA